CCACUGUAACUUGUAAGCUUUCAAUACCUGCUAAGUCCCGUAACGCACAACACCGCACAAAAUUUUAGGCAAAGUUAGAAAUACCUCUAUUUCCUUAGGUACCUUAUUAAAUUUUAUGCCCAAUCUCCACCGAAUUCCAUCAACAAGUUCAACUUUUGCACUUUUCACCCAUCUUUUCUUUUGCUCAUACCAUUUCCCCCACCCCCUACAUCACCUUUAUUGCAGUUGCUGCAAUCGCUGAACAACGAACUUCUAUUUGAAAACAGCGAAUUUUCCAAGAUUUCCAAGAUUUUCCCAGGAAAUCAACGUUAAUACAAUGCCUCCUAAGAAGCAGUGGGAUGACGAGGAGAGCGAGUCUAGCUCGCCUUCAGCCUCUCCCGUUAUUGGCGCUAUCCGCCGUAGUAAAUUCGACGAUGAAGAGGGCGAGGAUGAUGAUGUUCUCGAUUCGUGGGAUGCGGCCGAAGACUCGGAGGCCGAGCGCGAGAAAGCCAAGAAGGCAGCUGAGGCUAAGGCCAAAGCUGACGCCGAAGCCGCUGCCAACAAGAAAUCCAAGGCCCAGCGCAUCGCCGAACACAAGGCUGAGCGAGCCCGCCGCCUGGCGGAAGGUUCCGACGUAUCUGAAGAUGAGGAUGAGGCUGAGCGACGAGAACGAAUGCGCCGCACCGAGAAGGAAUCCGAUCUAAAGCACGCCGAGGAUCUGUUUGGCGACGCCGGUAUCAGUCUAAGCAACGGACGCAAGGCUACUACUGUCGGCUCUGCUAUACCUAUCGACCCUACGGACCCCACCAAGACCGUCGAUCUCAGUGCUCUACCUCUGUUCAACCCUCAGACAAAGACCCAGUUCGAGACUCUGCGCACCACGUUAGCCCCCAUACUAGCCGGCAACCACAAGAAGGCGCACUACCACCUGUUCCUCCAGGAAUUCGCAAAGCAACUCGCCAAGGACCUGCCUAGCGAUCAGAUCAAGAAGGUUGCCAGCUCCCUCACUACUCUUAGCAACGAGAAGAUGAAGGAAGAGAAGGCGGCCGAGAAGGGAGGCAAGAAGACAAAGGCGCAGAAGACCAAGACUACAUUGGUGACUAGCAGAGCCAACACUACAGACGUCGGCGCUUACGACGAUGAUUUCGGAGACGAGGACUUCAUGUGAAGAACGUGAAGAGCCCCAAAUAUCGUGGCACCUAGUCGCGAUACUCUCACGAUAUCUUUGCAUGGGCCGCCCCUUUUCCACAGACCCGCCGUGGUGGAUUUUUGGAGCUAAUACCCCCUGCAUGCAAACAACCGAUUGAGCAUUUCACGUUUCUAGUAUAGGUUAUAAAAUGCCAAUCGCCUCUUUCCCCCCCUCACCUCCCUAAAUUUGCUCCUCCUCCCCCCCCCCCCUCCCCUUUCACACCCUCAACCCUCCAGUGCGCCGAGCCGAGGGUUUAAUUCGGGAUGAGCGAUGUUGUUGAUGAUAAAUACGAAUGGCCCAUGGAAUCCCGGUGACACAAGCAGGCGACGAAUCUAUCCGCAGUCUACGUUGGGCCUUGCCGAUAUUGAGACCCAUACCGACCCGGUUAUUACGGGGGACUCUUGAACUUGCAUUUGCGUUGCGCUAAUGGAUGGUUCGAGUCGAGCCGAGCUAUGCUAAUGCUAUGCUACGGGCUCUGGUGACGAGGCUGGUUAGGAAUUAAGUUGGCUGGGCCGGUUGGCUUGGAGUGCUCUGUAUUGUAUGUACCUAAUAUAUGGCCUCAAGAAUGCAGCUCGAUGAGGCUUAGGCUAGGCUUUGCGUAUCAAUUCGAAUUUGCGGAUAUUUGAAAUUACACGACUUCGACGUCUUCGUUAUAAAACCAAACCACAUGUGAAUUUCUCGAUCCCGUUGCCCCGUCGUGGGCUUCUAGCGUAGGUACACAUCUAGC